CCCGGGGCCGGUGCCGUGGUUGUGCGCGUUGGCAUCCCGGACCUGCAGCAGACGAAGUGCCUCCGCCUGGACCCGACCGCACCCGUGUGGGCCGCCAAGCAGCGCGUGCUCUGCGCCCUCAACCACAGCCUGCAGGACGCGCUCAACUACGGGCUCUUCCAGCCGCCUUCACGGGGCCGCGCCGGCAAGUUCCUGGACGAGGAGCGACUGCUGCAGGACUACCCGCCCAACCUGGACACGCCCCUGCCCUACCUGGAGUUUCGGUACAAGCGGCGAGUUUAUGCCCAGAACCUCAUUGAUGACAAGCAGUUUGCAAAGCUGCACACAAAGGCAAACCUGAAGAAGUUCAUGGACUAUGUCCAGCUGCACAGCACGGACAAGGUGGCCCGCCUGCUGGACAAGGGGCUGGACCCCAAUUUCCAUGACCCUGACUCAGGAGAGUGCCCUCUGAGUCUUGCGGCCCAGCUAGACAAUGCCUCUGAUCUGCUGAAAGUGCUGAGGAAUGGUGGUGCCCAUCUGGACUUCCGCACCCGAGACGGGCUGACUGCUGUGCACUGUGCUACCCGGCAGCGGAAUGCGGGGGCAUUGACGACCCUGCUGGACCUGGGGGCCUCGCCCGACUACAAGGACAGCCGAGGCCUUACACCCCUGUACCACAGUGCUCUGGGGGGCGGGGAUGCCCUGUGCUGCGAACUGCUGCUCCAUGACCAUGCACAGCUGGGGACUACUGAUGAGAAUGGUUGGCAGGAGAUCCACCAGGCUUGCCGCUUUGGGCAUGUGCAGCACCUGGAGCACCUGCUGUUCUAUGGAGCUAACAUGGGCGCCCAGAAUGCCUCAGGGAACACUGCCCUGCACAUCUGUGCCCUCUACAACCAGGAGAGCUGUGCACGUGUUCUUCUAUUCCGAGGAGCCAACAAGGAUGUGCGCAAUUACAACAGCCAGACAGCCUUCCAGGUGGCCAUCAUUGCAGGCAACUUCGAGCUGGCCGAGGUCAUCAAGACCCAUAAAGAUUCGGACGUUGUACCAUUCAGGGAAACUCCAAGCUACGCAAAGCGGCGACGCUUGGCUGGCCCCAGUGGCUUGGCGUCUCCUCGGCCUCUGCAGCGCUCAGCCAGCGAUAUCAACCUGAAGGGUGAGGCACAGCCAGCAGCUUCGCCUGGGCCCUCGCUGAGAAGUCUUCCCCACCAGUUGUUGCUCCAGCGGCUGCAGGAAGAGAAGGAUCGUGACCGGGAUGGUGACCAGGAGAAUGUUGGUGGCCCUUUAGCCGGCAGGGGAAGCCAGAGCAAGAUCAGUCCACUGCGCCUCCAGGCAGGUCCUUAGGGGUCAGGGCCUUCCCCAGCNCCCGGCCCCACGUCCCCCGCGCCCCCCGCACCGCCGCCCCGGGGCCCGAAGCGGAAACUUUACAGCGCCGUCCCCGGCCGCAAGUUCAUCGCCGUGAAGGCGCACAGCCCGCAGGGCGAGGGCGAGAUCCCACUGCACCGCGGAGAGGCCGUGAAGGUGCUCAGUAUUGGGGAAGGCGGAUUCUGGGAGGGGACCGUGAAGGGCCGCACAGGCUGGUUCCCUGCUGACUGUGUGGAAGAGGUGCAGAUGCGACAGUAUGACACCCGGCAUGAAACCCGGGAGGACCGGACGAAGAGGCUUUUCCGUCACUACACGGUGGGCUCCUAUGACAGCCUGACUUCACACAGCGAUUAUGUCAUUGAUGACAAGGUGGCCGUCCUGCAGAAAAGGGACCAUGAGGGCUUUGGCUUCGUGCUCCGGGGUGCCAAAGCAGAGACCCCCAUUGAGGAGUUCACACCCACACCAGCCUUUCCUGCGCUCCAGUACCUCGAGUCUGUGGAUGUGGAGGGGGUGGCCUGGAGGGCUGGGCUGCGGACUGGAGACUUCCUUAUCGAGGUGAAUGGGGUGAAUGUGGUGAAGGUUGGACACAAGCAGGUGGUAGCUCUCAUCCGCCAGGGUGGCAACCGCCUGGUCAUGAAGGUCGUGUCUGUGACAAGGAAGCCAGAGGAAGAUGGGGCUCGGCGCAGAGCCCCACCACCCCCCAAGAGGGCUCCUAGUACCACACUGACUCUACGCUCUAAGUCCAUGACUGCAGAACUGGAGGAACUUGAAAAGCUGGAUGAGAUCCUGGCAGCUGCUACGGAGCCAACACUGAGGCCAGACAUUGCGGACGCCGACUCCAGGGCAGCCACUGUGAAGCAGCGGCCCACCAGCCGGAGGAUCACUCCUGCGGAGAUCAGUUCAUUGUUUGAGCGCCAGGGCCUCCCGGGCCCAGAAAAGCUGCCGGGCUCUCUGCGGAAGGGGAUUCCACGGACCAAGUCUGUAGGGGAGGACGAGAAGCUGGCAUCGCUGCUGGAGGGGCGCUUCCCGCGGAGCACGUCUAUGCAGGACUCUGGGCGCGAGGGCCGCGGCAUCCCGCCCCCUCCUCAGACUGCGCCGCCACCUCCUCCUGCACCCUACUACUUGGACUCGGGGCCACCGCCCGCCUUCUCACCGCCGCCCCCACCCGGCCGCGCCUACGACACGGUGCGCUCCAGUUUCAAGCCAGGCCUGGAGGCGCGCCUGGGCGCGGGUGCCGCGGGCCUCUAUGAGCCCGGUGCCCUCGGCCCACUGCCGUACCCUGAGCGGCAAAAGCGCGCACGCUCCAUGAUCAUCUUGCAGGACUCCGCGCCUGAGACGAGCGAUGUUCCCCGGCCCGCGCCCGCGGGCACGCCGCCUGAGCGCCCGAAGCGCCGGCCACGCCCGCCGGGCCCCGACAGCCCCUACGCCAAUCUGGGCGCCUUCAGCGCCAGCCUCUUCGCACCAUCCAAGCCGCAGCGCCGAAAGAGCCCGCUGGUGAAGCAACUGCAGGUGGAGGAUGCGCAGGAGCGUGCAGCACUGGCUGUGGGCAGCCCAGGCCCGGUUGGGGGCAGCUUCGCAAGGGAGCCAUCUCCGACGCACCGUGGGCCCCGGCCAGCUGGCCUUGAUUACGGAGCUGGCGACGGUCUGGGAAUGGCAUUUGGGGGCCCAGGACCGGGCCCAGGCAAAGAGCGGCGUCUGGAGGAGCGGCGGCGUUCUACCGUGUUCCUGUCGGUGGGUGCCAUCGAGGGCAGUCCUCCCAGUGCCGACCUACCCUCCCUGCAACCGUCCCGCUCCAUCGAUGAGCGCCUUCUGGGGGCUGGCGCCACUGCUGGCCGCGACCUACUACUCCCUUCCCCAGUCUCUGCUCUGAAGCCAUUGGUCAGCGGCCCAAGCCUUGGGCCUUCCGGCUCCACGUUCAUCCACCCACUCACUGGCAAGCCCUUGGACCCCAGCUCUCCGCUAGCCCUCGCGCUGGCUGCCCGAGAACGGGCUCUGGCCUCACAGGCGCCUUCACGGUCUCCCACGCCAGUCCACAGCCCUGAUGCUGACCGUCCCGGACCCCUGUUUGUGGAUGUGCAGGCCAGAGACUCAGAGCGAGGGCCCCUGGCCUCCCCAGCCUUCUCUCCACGGAGCCCCGCCUGGAUUCCUGUGCCUGCCCGCAGGGAGGCAGAGAUGGCCCCCCGGGAGGAGCGGAAGUCACCCGAGGACAAGAAGUCCAUGAUCCUCAGCGUCUUGGACACGUCCUUGCAGCGUCCAGCAGGUCUUAUUGUUGUGCAUGCCACCAGCAACGGGCAGGAGCCUAGCAGGCUCAGAGCUGAAGAGGAGCGCCCGGGUACCCCGGAGCUGGCCCCAGCCCCGAUGCAGACAGCUGCUGUGUCAGAGCCCCUACCCAGCCCCCGUGCGCAGCCCCCUGGCAGUGCCCCAGGAGACCCUGGGCCAGGCCAGGGAAGCUCGGAGGAGGAGCCAGAGCUGGUGUUUGCUGUGAAUUUGCCACCUGCGCAGCUGUCCUCCAGUGAUGAAGAGACCAGGGAGGAGCUGGCCCGCAUUGGGCUGGUACCUCCCCCAGAAGAGUUUGCCAAUGGGAUCCUGCUGGCCACCCCACUCCCCGGCCCGGGCCCCUCGCCCACCACGGUGCCCAGCCCGGCCUCAGGGAAGCCUAGCAGUGAACCACCCCCUGCCCCUGAGUCUGCCGCUGAUUCUGGGGUUGAGGAGGCUGACACUCGAAGCUCCAGUGACCCUCAUCUGGAGACCACAAGCACCAUCUCCACAGUGUCCAGCAUGUCCACUCUGAGCUCAGAGAGUGGGGAACUCACCGACACCCACACCUCCUUCGCUGACGGACACACUUUUCUACUCGAGAAGCCACCAGUGCCUCCCAAACCCAAGCUCAAGUCCCCGCUGGGGAAGGGGCCGGUGACCUUCAGGGACCCGCUGCUGAAGCAGUCCUCGGACAGUGAGCUCAUGGCCCAGCAGCACCAUGCCGCCUCUGCCGGGCUGGCCUCUGCCGCCGGGCCUGCCCGCCCUCGCUACCUCUUCCAGAGAAGGUCCAAGCUAUGGGGGGACCCCGUGGAGAGCCGGGGGCUCCCUGGGCCUGAAGACGACAAACCAACUGUGAUCAGUGAGCUCAGCUCCCGCUUGCAGCAGCUGAACAAGGACACACGCUCCUUGGGGGAGGAACCGGUUGGCGGCCUGGGUGGCCUACUGGACCCUGCCAAGAAGUCACCCAUCGCAGCAGCUCGGCUCUUCAGCAGCCUCGGUGAGCUGAGCACCAUCUCAGCGCAGCGCAGCCCUGGGGGCCCGGGCACCGGGGCCUCCUACUCGGUUCGGCCUGGUGGCCGCUACCCAGUGGCGCGACGCGCCCCGAGCCCAGUGAAGCCCGCCUCGCUGGAGCGGGUGGAGGGGCUGGGGGCGGGCACGGGGGGCGCGGGGCGGCCCUUCAGCCUUACGCCUCCCACCAUCCUCAAGUCGUCCAGCCUCUCCAUCCCGCACGAGCCCAAGGAGGUGCGCUUCGUGGUGCGCAGCGUGAGCGCGCGCAGCCGCUCGCCCUCGCCGUCGCCGCUGCCCUCACCCGCGGCCGGCCCCAGCCCCGGCGCCCCCGGCCCGCGCCGGCCCUUCCAGCAGAAGCCACUGCAGCUCUGGAGCAAGUUCGACGUGGGCGACUGGCUUGAGAGCAUCCACCUGGGCGAGCACCGCGACCGCUUCGAGGACCACGAGAUCGAAGGCGCACACCUGCCCGCGCUCACCAAGGACGACUUCGUGGAGCUGGGCGUCACACGCGUGGGCCACCGCAUGAACAUCGAGCGUGCGCUCAGGCAGCUGGAUGGCAGCUGACGCCUCACCUUGCUCCCGCCCCGCUGCGCCCUGCGGGCAGGGCCCCCACCCCACCCGGGCCGCGGGCUCGGCCCGCCCCGAGACGACGGCCGGGCCAGGAAUGUUGCAUGAAUAGUCCUGUUUGCUGUUGCUCGGAGACUUGCCCUGUACAUUGCUUAGUGCCCUCCCCCACCGCCGAGCCCCACCCGCACAGUCAGGAGGGAUCGGACCAGGGAGGCUGGGCGGAAGGGGCUUGGGGGGCUCUGGCCGGACCCCUCCUUCGCGGCUCCUGGUGGCCAUCCUCCCCGGAGGAAACCUAGUCCAGCAUGCGAGGUCAGGACACACCUUGGUGACUGGGGGGAGGGGGGAGACAUUGGGGUUCUCGAUGGGGUCCAAGUAGCCCCCUGUUUUGCAUAUUUUAAUCCACUCUAUAUUUGGAACGAGAAAAGGAACAAAUAUCUCUGUCCGUAACAGUUCCCCACCCCCUCGCCCCCUCGCCCUCCCGCUGGUCCCACCGCAGCCGCCAGUCUUCCAUCUCCGGCCCCUCACUGCCACCCCCCACGGGGCAGGGGACGCUCCAGCUGGUCUGGGGCUGGCCAGGGUCCUGGUGGCCCACCUGGGGCCCGGCUCGGCCUCUUCCCUCGCAGAGCUGCGGUGCGCCCCGCCCACCCUUCAGGUGCUGCUCGGGGAGGUGCACAUGUCUCAUCCUACUGGGCACCGGCGGGCCGGGGGCCUGGGAGGCCAUCGCCCUGGGCUGGGGCUGGGCCCUGGCACUCACUCCUGGCCAUCUUCCUCACAGGGUCUUUCCUCCGCUGGGGGCGCUCCAGCCUCCUCCCCAUUUCUGGGGCAACUACAGCAGAGAAGCAUCCCUGCCUCCGCCUGAAGGCACCU